UGUAAUAAUAUUGUUAAAUGUAGUUUAUUUGUAAUAUAUGAAUUUAAUUUUUAAAAAAUGAUUAAUCGUUAUUCAUAUGAUCCUUCUAGGCCAAUUUGCGAGAAUGAUCAUGUUCUUUUAAUAGAUCACAUUAAAAGAUGUUUCGUCGUAAAAGUUGAACGAAACAAGUUAAUAAAAAUAUGCAAGGAUAAGUUUAAAGUUGACACUUUGAUUGGAUUAAAUUAUGGUCAAAUUUUCACCAAAGUCAAUAAUGAAUGGAUUAAAGUUAAUAGAAACGAUGAGACUUAUAAGGGCUACUGGAACUUACUAGAACAAGAUUUUGACGAUUCUGAUGCUUUAGAAUCGCCGAUUUCCAGUGACAAUCGCACCUUUCUGGAUUUAAACUCAUCUCAAAAACUCUCUGCAGAUGAUAUAAACAAGUUGAAAAAAGAUAUAAAUCCGUCCGAAUUGAUUAGUAAAAUAGUCCAAAAUUCUGAAACUUUUCAAGCGAGAAACCAAAUUUCUAAAGAGAAAUACAUUAAACGUAAAGAGUUCAGGCAUCUGAAACUAUUUGAAGUUGGUCAUUGUAAUUUAAUGUCAAUUUGUGAAAGUUAUUUCAAUGGAUUUCCUCAUAAAAUUGGGUAUAUGAGAUUUGAAUCUUUGGCUAUGAUGUUACACAUGUCGAAUGUCCAGUUUGAUGAUAGAAUUGUUGUGUUUGAUCACUCACUUGGAAUAAUCACUGGUGCUAUCGCUCAAAGACUUCAAGGCACGGGUAAAAUAUAUCGGCUAGUUACUAGAGGAGUUUCGGAUAAAAUUGUGCAUGAACUUGGUGUUAACAAUUUUGAUAAUAUUCUUUCCAUUGAUUUCAACGAAGUUAUGACAUUUUGCAAUGGUGCCACAGUACAACUCAAAACAAGCACUUUGGAUAUCGUUGGUAAUGAUGAGGUGGAUUCAGAUGACGGAUCAUCUAAUAGUACUGAAGAAGUUGUGGAAUUGAAGAGUAAAAAGAGGAAGAAAGAAACUUUGCCAGGAAUUUACCCACUAACAAAGAUAACAGAGUCUGAUCUUCAAGAUGUAGAUGUCGUAAUUGGAAAUGUAUCCUUCAAUAAAUGUAAUAAAGAUAAUUCACUUGUUGAUACUUACACAAUUUCAUUAAUGGAAAUCGCCAAUAAGUUCUUAAAAAAUGAUGGUAGAUUUAUUAUUUUUGGUCAACAUUUUCAACCCUUAUCACAUUGUUACUCAGUGUUAACCAAGUCCUCUGAAUACAUUAAUGUAAAAUUAGAUGAAACCUUCAUUAGAGAAUAUCAAGUCAAGCCAAUGUGUACCCAUCCUAUAAUUGGGAAAUAUAGACCUUGUUGUGGCUUCAUACUAUCAUCUAUUAAAGUCUCGAAUGCCACUCUAUAA